AUGGUGCAAGGAACCAGAGCUGCUCGCGAGGGAACGGCUGAGAUGCUCUUCUUUCCCAUCCGAGCUCUUUCCAUCAACUAUCACAUCCAGAAUGUGAUAACUAUGACGAGCAGCGCGCAGAAACCUGAUGAAAGCAGAAGUAAACGCAGGAAAGAGCUGGAGGCCGAUGAUACAGAAAGCCCUCAGCUGUCCUCUGCUGACACAGCAGACCCAGCGCUUUCGGAUGGCCUGCAGUCCCUGUACAAACCUGAGCCCCUGGAAGAGCUGCUAAACGAGAUGAAUAAAGAAAUCAAGAACUUGUUGGCAAAGUAUGCCCACAUCUUAAGUGAGAGAGCAGCAAUGGAUGCUUCUUACGUGCAAGAGCUUGAUGGAAUCUUGAAGGAAGCGAGAACAAUAGAAAACCACUUAAAACAGAAAAAAGAGAGUCUGAAGCAGAGAUUCGCUAUGAUUGCAAAUACUCUGCAAAGCUAAAUGAAGUCUGUUACGUUGCAGAAAUGCUCAUUGUUGUAAUCAACUUCGAUACAUAAAGCUUAUAAACAAUGCUGGAUGUGAUGAAUGCUUCAUACGUAUUUCUGUACAUAUUUCUAGCAGUUCAGGAAACAUUUGUCACCUUUAGCUUCUUAUCUGUUUUAAUAAGUAUAUGCACUAUAAGGAGUAGUGGUAGUUCAAAAGACGCAAAAUAUUUAUUUUGAAUCCCACAAUGACUUCAAGGGAUUCUACAGAUUAGAACAGCAUUUCCUAUUUGCCAAUCCACUGUUUAGACUGUUCCUAUGCUUCCAUCCCAAGAAAAUUAACUUUUGGUACCCAAAUCAUAGUAGAAUGUACCUUGAAUUUUACUUUCGUUGUUGUCUCCGAACAUAAUUGAACAUGACUGAAAAGAGAAGCUUAGAAAUAGGAGAGUUCUAUUAAGAGUACUACUUUGGAAAUGUAUAACAAGAGCUUAAGUCUUAAUGUAAAUAUGUAUUUUGAUAUAUCUCCAGCUUUUCAAAUGAAAUGAAGAGUGUUUUCAUAUAAAAGUGCAUUGUCAAAACUUUUCUGGUAGUGUCAAUAAAUAAAAGAUGAUGUUAUUACUAUCUAGAAUUCCAGUGAUCUUUUUUUAAAAUUAUUUUAUUAUUAUAUAUAUAUGUAUACAAAUCUAGUUUAUUUAAGGGUGAUUAUGGAGUUUUUUCAACAAUUUUUCUUUCCUGCCAUUUGACUGUUAAAAAAAAAGAUGAAACAUAAAAUAUGCAAAAUAUUAUUUGUACUAUAUGUGAAGGCAAUGUAGUAAAGAAAAUUGCGAGCUAGUCCUGCUGUUAUAACAUAAUAUACCUAUCCCUUCCUUCCCCAGUACUGUGCACUUGAAAUAUUUUCAGACUUAGUCCUCCUUUCACCCCUUUACCUAUUAAAGGCCACAGCUGAAUGUGCUACCUAUCACACUGCUACUCUGAAACUUGACAUCUGUGAUGAGAUUUUCCAAGGCACCUAAAGAUGCAGUUGCGUCCUCAGUAGGAUUUUCAAAGUGCCUACGCAUGUAAGCGCCUUAGAUGCUUAGGAAUUUUGAAAGAUCCCAUAAGAUGCCUAUCUGCAUCUUUAGUGUCUAAAGACUUAAAAUCUCACCACAAGUAUAUAUAAUCUUUUAACAACUUCUGGUAAUUUUUAAACCAAUCAUUCUGGUAAUUCUAUUUAAAUGGAAGAAUGUAGAAGAAAGGGGGGGAAAGUUUUGGAAGCUGAAUUUUCUAGAAUAUUGCACUGGAUGUGUAUAGAAUCAUUUAAGAAGUUGAAUAAAAGCAGAAUUUAAAACUGACUUCUAGGAAGUGUGUGAAAAGCUUCCUGCAGUUACUUGCAUGAAGAUCAAAGUAAAAAUAUGACUUUAAUUACUGCUCAGUAUCCAUCUAUUUUAUCAAAGCCAAAAGAGGAUUGCUGCAUCACACACCCUUUUUAGCUCAGUUGGAUUCAGAUCAUCCUUAGUUUGCAUGGCUCAUGAACUGAGUUACAAAGCUCUUGCUCUCCUUUCAAGUUUCAAUAUGAUGUGGAAAAGCUGCAUUGCAUUGCAUAGUGUAAGUUUCUUACCUUAGAGGAUCACCAGAAUACAGAUUCACAGUGAUACUGUUGCAGUAGUCUGCUCCAUUUAAAAACCCAAAUGCCAAUAAGAAAUGGCAGAACUGCUCUCUUAGAAGGAUGAAGCUGUGGAUGAAGUCGCACUGGCACCUAUCCCAUCACUAUCCGCUUUCCAGUUUUACUGAAGGAGGUUGAACUGAAAAUUAAUUGGCUUUAAAGCUGCCAAAUCUGAUCAGCAAAGCUCAGCUGGUAACUACAUUUUCUUUAAGCUUCUCCCCAUGUUGUUUAAGCUGCAUUGCCUUAGCAAAUUAGCAAGAAGGUCUAAGAUGACAGAUCAGUAACAGAAUAUAAAUGGAUUUUUCUAGAAAUCGAGGAAGCAUCUGAGGCAAAGUUCUGGCUCUCCUGAAGCUGCAGGGAUUUUCGUCUGUGACUCUUGCAUUUCUGAGCUUGCUGUGGGUGCCUUCAGAAUCCAGAAAUUGUAAGUGACAAAAAACUAACAUUCAGCUGUUCUCACUGCUCUGCUCUUAUCUAACAGCUGGAAAUGGAGAAUAGCAAAUAAUGCAGAGAUAGCUGAGGUGUUCAGGGAAGAUGCGUCUUCACCCGGAAAGGUUACUCAUGGUUUUUCUCUUUAAAUGAAAUUUCUGCUGUGCAUAGAUGCAGGGAAAAGGAAAAAAACAGAAGAAACGAGGUGGCGUGUAUCAUAGCUGUAUUUGGGGCUCAUGAAAUUCAGGCUAGAGCAUGUCAAAAUUCACCUUCGAUAAUCUUAGAACCUCUAGGUUUUUCUUUGAUCAAUCUUCGAAAAGUUGGUAAUGAAGGCAGCGCCUACAAACAAGGAUAAAGAAUUGAAGGUUGAUGAGUCUAUAUCUCAGCCUGUGGUGAUUCUCAACUAAAUUUCCUAACAACCACUUCAAAAGCAUCUGGGAAAAAAAGCAUUAGCAAAAAAAAAAUUUAGUCAGAGUUGCUAACUUAAUAUAUAUGUGACAACAGGGAUGGAAGAGGGUGUUAUAGCUUGGUGUAAGGUAACCAACACUUGUGCAUUCUGUUAUAUAUAAAUAGGAGCCAUAAGGAAAUAGGGGCUGCAGGGGAGAUUAGAAGUUAAUCAGAGGAAUCAUUCUCAUAUUUCCUGAAAGGUCAGCUUGGGUGGCGUUCUUCAGGGAUCUGCCUCAAGCCUGGUUUGUUCUGUAAUAUCCUGAAUGAUUUAGGAGAAUGACAUUGGAGAAUAGUUUUGUUUUCUUUUUUUUUUUAAGCAAGCUACACAGGGUCACAAUUCCUAUCAGUAAUGUAUGUUGAAAAUUCACUGUAAUCUCACUAAGAUAAUGAAUGGAUCUAAAAUAGAGAUAAAAUUCAAAGCAGAUGUGGGAAGCAUUACACUUAUCUAGGGGAAUCAAGUGUUCCUUACAAAGCAGAGGAAUGGCUGGAGCUGUUAUGAUGGCAUUGGGUAAGAG